UGUGGGUACAGCUGGUGGUGAAGGUGGAUAUACACAGGCCGAAGAUUAUAGCAGCUACCAAGGAUAUACUGGAUAUGGUGAGCAUUCUGGUUGGGUUGGGCAUGAUGGAGAACAGUAUUCAAACUAUGCUUCCAGUUAUGAAACUUAUGGACAAUAUGAAAAUAAUUGGGUUGAUAGGUCUAAUGCUUCUGCACAAGAACUUCCAGAAUCUGCUGAAAGUGCAUUGAGGGUGACAGGUAAGAGAAGAAAGAAUGAUGCUCCACCUGAAAUAGUUGAGGUUAACCAGGAUGAGUUGAUGAAGGAUCGACCAAGGGAAGAUCAAUCCAAGCUAACUGGCAUUGCUUUUGGGCCCUCAUACCAGCCUGCUUCAACAAAAGGUAAGCCUUCAAAACUGCUUAAGAGAAAGCAUCAAAUCAGUUCCUUGUAUUUUGAUAUGAGACAAAAGGAGUCGGAACUUGCAGAGCGGCGUUCUAGGGGGAUGCUGACCAAAGCUCAAACUCAAGGGAAGUAUGGAUGGUGAAAAUGUUGCAUUAUAAUCUUGUACUGGACAUCAGAAAAAGUAGUAGUGAAAUACCUACCACUUCUUUAUAUAUUUCGCCCCUGUGACUACGUCCUUGUUGAGUUGUUCAUGUUUGUUUAACCCAUACACAUACUUGCAAGAUGUGUGUAUACUUGAUUACAUUGGUUUCAUAUUCCUGCAGUGCUCUGUUUUUUCCAUUGCUGUGGGCAAAUGCAUAUAUACCAAGUCGUUGUUGCCAUUCUUGCAGUGCUUUGUGUUUUCGUUAUAUCUUUUGAUUUCUACUAAAUCUGGUCUUGAAUGCCUCUAAGUUAGUGAUAUAGAGGCAUCAUUCAGAUGUAUAUUAUGCCGUGCUAUUCCAAUUGCUCCAAUCCCAUGGAUUAUUGAAUUUGUUGAAUGUUCUGGAAAUAAAAGCUUGCAGUAAUAUUCUGUUCAGC